CGGGGAGGGCAGUUUUUUUCCCAUUAUUUCACCUGUUUCCUAGUCGUUUCUUCAUUCCUGUCGUCCUGAACAUUACUUAUAAAAUUUGGCCAUCUCCUCUGACCUCUUCCUCUCGGGUAAGCUGAAGAGGGGCCAAUAACCAAUUCUUUUUGCGCUAAAAGUUUGAGACCCCUUCUCAGAUUGAGCCUUUCUUGUGAGGUUUAAGAAGUUCGUCUUCAUUGAAAAAUGGCUUCUAUCAAUGUUUCUUGCCCUUCAACAACUCUGUCUCGCUCUCAAGCAUUAAAGAAUUUCAGAUUUUUCAAUGGACUACAUUGUGGAACUUUUUAUCCUCAAAGCGGUUGUCCUGAAGAAUCCAGCAGGCUGAAGGGUAGAGCAUGCCUCCAUAUCAAAGGGGAUGGUAGAAUUAAGUCUGUACUUGUAUCUGAUGAAGGAAAUCUCCUUUCUCAUACUAAUGGUGCUGAUACUGUGGUAAAGAAUUCCCCAAUCAGCGGCAUUGCUACUGGAAUUCAGAUACAGCCUGAUUCUGUACAAUUUGGAACUCUUGUGGCAGAUAUUGCUCCUAGCAGUACUGGAUUCCCAGUUGAUAAUGAUGAAUCUGAUUUGGAUCGGCCCACCGAAGGCUUCUCCUCCAUUUCAGAUGCCAUUCAAGACAUUCGUAAUGGAAAGAUAGUAUUGGUCGUAGAUGAUGAAGAUAGAGAAAAUGAAGGCGAUUUAAUAAUGGCAGCAUCAAAGGUUACACCAGAGGCAAUGGCCUUCUUUGUGAAGCAUGGGACUGGCAUUGUAUGUGUUAGUAUGAAAGAAGAAGACCUGGAAAGGUUGAAUAUUCCUUUGAUGGUGAACAGUAAGGAUAAUGAGGAGAAGCUUUGCACUGCCUUCACAGUUUCAGUGGAUGCAAAACAUGGAACAAGUACAGGGGUAUCAGCUCGUGAUAGAGCAACAACAGUUCUGGCUCUUGCUUCCAAAGAUUCAAAGCCUGAGGAUUUCAACCGCCCUGGUCAUAUAUUUCCAUUAAAAUACAGGGAGGGCGGUGUCCUGAAAAGAGCUGGGCACACAGAAGCUUCUGUAGAUCUCUCUGUGCUUGCGGGUUUAGAACCUGUUGGAGUUUUAUGUGAGGUUGUGGAUGAUGAUGGUUCCAUGGCUAGACUACCUAGACUUCGGCAAUUUGCCGAGGAGGAGAACAUAAAGAUUAUAUCUAUAGCUGAUUUGAUCAGAUAUAGGAGGAAAAGAGAUCAACUGGUGGAGCAUGCUUCUGCUGCAAAAAUACCUACCAUGUGGGGCCCUUUCACUGCCCACUGUUAUAGGUCUAUUUUAGAUGGGAUCGAGCAUAUUGCGAUGGUCAAGGGUGAGAUUGGGGAUGGGCAUGAUAUUCUUGUCAGAGUACAUUCAGAAUGCCUCACAGGAGACAUAUUUGGUUCAGCCAGAUGUGACUGUGGAAACCAGUUGGCACUUGCAAUGGAACAGAUUGAGGAAGCUGGUAGGGGUGUCCUGGUAUACCUCCGUGGUCAUGAGGGAAGAGGGAUUGGCUUGGGUCACAAGCUUCGUGCUUAUAAUCUACAAGAUGCUGGGCGUGACACAGUGGAAGCGAAUGAAGAGCUUGGAUUGCCGGUUGAUUCAAGAGAAUAUGGAAUCGGGGCUCAGAUACUGCGAGAUCUUGGAGUUCGAACCAUGAAGCUGAUGACAAACAACCCUGCAAAGUACAGUGGGCUCAAGGGCUAUGGUCUAGCGGUUGCUGGGCGCGUCCCUCUUCAAAGUUUCAUUACAAAAGAGAACAAGAGAUAUUUGGAAACUAAACGUGUCAAAUUGGGCCACAUAUAUGACUUCAGUUCAAAUGGUUUUCCGAACUUAAUUAGCAACAAGAAUGGUAAACCCAGCGCUGGGAGCUAAACAAAUGGAUCUGACUCGUAAGCUUCUCUGUUUCCAGCGGCAAAAUCAGCACUGGAUGAUUGCUAUUCAGGCAUGAUCAAGAGAUGAACUGACAGUUUUCAUGAUUUCAAUUCAGAUUGAAGUGACAAAAGGAUUGACAUACAGAUAAUUAUAUAACCUUAUUCUAGUCAUAGUCAUUAUGUGUUCUUUCAACUGUCAUGCAUUGCGUGUCAUUCUUUUUUCCUGAUUUAUGCAUUUUAGCUGCAAUUUGUGCAAUAGUUGUCUGAAAAUUGUUUACUUCGUGAAGCCUGUCUGAUGUAUAUAGGAAUACCAUUCUGAAAGAUCAUAAGAUGAUACAAUAUUGUUGAACUUCCUCUUUAAAGACUUGGGAGGUUCUUUUUCUGUGA